CAGAAAAUAUAAGUGCGUGGGUGCAACGCGUGGACAAGGUAGCACAAGUACACGGUGCGUCCGAUGGAGCGACCUUACUCGCGGCGUCGAGCAAGUUAAUAAAAUUCGCACGCACGUGGUACGAUAUCCAGAAUGGAGUAGCAAUUGAAUCGUGGUUCGGACUUAAAUCGGAGUUAGUGAAAGUGUUCGGGAAGAAAGUGCCCUUCUAUAAGCAGAUGCAGCGAAUAGAAGCACGUAAAUGGAACCCGAACAAAGAAACGUUCGAUCAGAACGUAAUUGCUAAAAGAGCAUUGAUGCAAAUGAUAGACUUACCUACCAGAGAUAUGAUACAUAUUCUCAUAGGCGGGAUACCGCAGAAUGCGUUAAGGGCAACAGCACUUUCCGUAGCUGAUACCUCGUUGGACGUAUUCCUGGAAAAAAUGAGAAAUAUUACGGAAGGUAUGUUGGAUAGUAGAGAAGAAAUACGUGUGUGACACCGAACUUUAACAAGACUAGACGACAUAGUGUGUCGCAAUUGCGGAAAACGGGGGCAUACACACAAGGAUUGCAGAGGCGAUCCUACCUGCUUUUUCUGCAAGGAAAAAGGACAUCGUCAAUACGACUGUCAGGCUCUACGGAACCGACAAGGGACGCAAGGAGCACGCAGGCCACAAACGGUGCAAGCAGCAGCAGCGGUGUUCGAGGAGGCAGAGGAAGAU